ACCGUGGCCCGUCAAAGUCAAAGGCAAAGGCAAACCACUAGAUGAACGCAACCUUCGAUAGGAGAAACAAAGAUGAAUGCAACAACGCUUUCACCUCCAAAUCAUUGGCAACCCAUAACGCAAAAUCAAUCUGGCAGAGCAUUAAACCCAAAUCAAAUCCUUCGAUUCAACAAUCACCACGGUCACCAUAGGUUUCCUCGUCUUUGUUUCUCCGUAAAUCCUUCCCAAAACCAAACCACGCCAGCCCCAGUAAUUCCCACAAGCCCUCCACUUGUGGUGGUCGGAUCCGCCAAUGCCGACAUAUACGUGGAGAUCGAGAGGUUGCCGAAAGAGGGUGAGACCAUUACGGCGAAGACCGGCCAAACCCUCGCCGGCGGGAAGGGGGCUAACCAGGCUGUCUGUGGUGGGAAAUUGUCGUACCCAACGUACUUUGUGGGUCAGGUGGGUGAGGAUGCACAUGGGAGGCUGAUCUCUGAGGCUUUGGGCAAUGGUGGGGUUCGGCUCGAUCAUCUGACCACUGUUGGGUUUGCACCAACCGGGCACGCUGUGGUGAUGCUUCAACCAGAUGGACAGAACUCUAUAAUCGUCGUUGGUGGUGCCAACAUGAAUGGGUGGCCUGAAUCUCUAUCUGAUGAGAAUUUGGAGAUUGUGAGAAAUUCAGGGAUUGUUCUGCUUCAGAGGGAGAUCCCAGAUUCUGUUAACAUUCAAGUGGCAAAGGCCGCAAAGGCCGCUGGUGUUCCAGUGAUAAUGGAUGUUGGUGGUGUAGAUGCUCCAAUACCACAAGAAUUACUGAGUUCUGUUGAUAUUUUAAGUCCGAAUGAAAGUGAACUCAGUCGCUUUACAGGAUUAUCUACCAAUAGUUUUGAUGAGAUUACUCAGGCUGCAUCAAAAUGCCAUAAAAUGGGAGUUAAGCAAGUGCUUGUGAAACUUGGGGCCAAAGGAUCUGCCCUUUUCGUAGAAGGUGAAGAACCAAUUGUACAACCUGCUAUUUUGGUUGAAACAGUCCUUGAUACUACCGGAGCUGGCGAUACAUUCACUGCUGCUUUUGCGGUGGCUUUAGUGGAGGGCAAGUCCAGAAAAGAGUGCUUAAGAUUUGCUGCUGCAGCAGCUUCUCUUUGUAUUCAAGUGAAGGGAGCCAUUCCUAGCAUGCCUGACAGGAAAUCUUGGCUGCUUCUUGGAAAUGAUAUGUGCAACUGCAUUGCAUGUCAACAAGAUUUUUUUCUGAAUUGGCAAGAGCAGUGUCUUCAUUUCAUAACCAGCGACAUUAGCGGUUGGCUUGCAACAAGUGAGAGAGGAGCACCCGCAGGAGGAGUUGUCAGCAUAUGUGUGGGAGGAGAUUUGGCUGGAAGUGUGUCAGUGCUGGUGCUGCAACAGGUGAUGACGCUGGAGUAUUAGCUACAGAGUGCUUUCUCAUCUUCCCCAGUAUGGCAUCUGGCUAGAAUGUGCGCAAGAUGAGAACAGAGAAAGUAAAAUCAAGCCGCUUGGUGUCAACCAGGGGUGCGAGGUACGGCACGGCUAUUUAGUAGUAGAUACUCAGUUCUAAGUUCAAACUUCUAUACCCUAAUUUGCAUCACCAAAAAAUAAAGGGAAAGAAAAUGUUUGAGGGAUACAUGAAUGAACCAGUGGCAAAGAAUGAUCAUUAUUGUAAAGAUACAGAGAAGGAAUCUGAAUUGCUUGGUGAUUGUAUCCAUGGUGAAUGCUCCUACCGGCAUUCUCUAGGAGCUUACAAGAUGAUCCCUUCGUAUAUAUGUUUUAUAAUCAUGCUAAUCUAAUCCCUGUGGUUCCAAUUAUUAGAAUGAGGAUUUUGUUAGUUGAUAACAUGUUAGUACAUUUAUAGUUUAUACAAACUCGAGUUAUGAGAUUUGCACUAAUUCUAAUAAACUUGAAACUCAACUCUUGUAAUAAAUGCACAGAUUGACUUGUUUGUCA